ACACACCGAGCUUCUUAAAAUAAUAAUAAUAAAAAAUAAUAAUUGUAUUAGGGGGCAGCUGUUUUAAGGGAAGGCGAGCGGAACGCAGCGCCCAGAAAGCAGAGGGAGUGGCGAGCAGAGAGGGCUGAGUGGCCGAGGGAGCACGGCCCCGGCGUCCCGAUGGAGCGAUCACGGAACGGACCUGCGGAGAGACUCUGCGUCUGACGUGGCGGGUGCGCCGCUCGAUUCGCGCUCCUCGGGAGAGGAGAGGGAAGGGAGCGACUUGACCAGACAAACCCCGCCGCUGGGUCCGUGAAGUCCUCUCGAGCGGCGACGCCGAAUUUACGCCCAGGGGUCGCGGAAUUCGCGGAACCUGCAUUUGCGCAAAGCUUCGGAAGCCGCGCGCGGUUCUUGCGUAAAAAGAAAAGAAAAAAAAAGCAAACACAAACUUUACGCAAUUCGCCGCAACUACUCGCGACCAGGGGCAGCACAGGGAAACGUGCGGCGAGCGAGCGUCUACAAAGAGCAGCUGGAACGGGGACUUCUGCUCUGCGAGAGGUUUCACCGCGGAACUCACCACGAUGCUGGUGACGUGUUGGACGCUGUUCUUCUCGCUGGCGUGGUGCGGGGCGCUUGGUGCUGGAGCGUUUUCCUCGAGCCAAUCGUCCGCUCGGGCACAGCAGCAGGAGCAGCUACAGCAGCAGCAGCAGCAGCUACAGCAGCAGGAGCAGCUACAGCAGCAACAGCUACAGCAGCAGGAGCAGCUACAGCAGCAGCAGCUACAUCAGUCUCACAGUGAUGCGACUCAGGUUGGACUCGAUGCGCGCCUCCCUGUCGCUCACGCCGACUCAAGACAGCGCGGUGGACGCAUCACGGGCCGUGCCAUCGUCACCCCGGCGCUCCACCACCACCACCAGCAGCAGCAGCAGCAACAUCAUCAUCCUGAUCGCGACGAGAAUGCGAUUCACACGGGGAGGAUGGACGAGCGCGACUCUUCCACGGGAGACGCGCACGACAAGGUGGCGACUGUGGUGUCACAAACCCAGCAUCAGCCACAACAUGGCCAGCAGCAGCAGCAGCAACAGCCUCAUCGACAGCCGCUCCACCACCAUCUCCUUCAUCGUCAUCAGCAGCAGCAGCAGCGACAGAGAGACACGGAGACUCCAGGGGGAACCGCCGCCGCCGCCGCCGCUGCUGCUGCUGGAGAGGCGGGCGGAGGGGCGCGGUCGCCCGGGAUCAUUUGGGAGGCUUCGGGGUUGGUUCAAGAGGAGGGGGGCUUCACCCGGACGUCUCGGCAGGCGCGCAACUCGAGAGGGCGGAACUGGUGCGCCUACGUGCGGACCCGACUCUCGCCCACGGCGCUCGCCGACGGCAGCGAGACGUACGUGGGCAAGGCGACCCAGCAGUGCCCCUGGACGUACGGAGUGUGCGGCAUCGUGUACCGCGUGAUGCAGCGGCCGUCAUACCGCGUCAAGCAUCUCAUCGUCACCUCUCUCGAGUGGCGCUGCUGCCCGGGACACGACGGCACCAACUGCGACCCCAAAGGGCCGUUUGGGUUCGUGCAGGGCACUCCGCUUGACUCGAAAGAUUCCGCCAUCCCCUCGCCUCCACUCAACGAUGAAAAGAACCGGCCCGGGCGCCACGACGGGAUCAAUAACCUGGAGAAGCACCUGGUACACCUGGCCCAGCUCCAGCGUGACGUGGCCAACGUGUCCGGUGCCCUGGGCGACGUGCGUGGCAGCCUGCGUGCCCUCGAGGAUAGGGUGGCCGUGCCCCGACCAGACGCCACCUCCAACAGGAUCUCCGAGGACGACGUGACGGAGCUGGUGAAGAAGCUGGUCCAGCAGCAGAUGGCUGAGCUGCACCGGGCCCUGUACGAGCCCGUGCGCCGAAUCGCCUCCACCGUGGCAGGUCUGGCCAAGGACGUGGAGCUGAGCCGGCGCGAUGCCGCGGUCCUCAACGGCAGCGUGGCCGACGCGGCGAGGGCGUGCGGGGAGGCGCUUCUCCUGGCGCGGGGUAACGAGCGCUCCAUCGCGGAGCUGGCGAGCUCCGAGCUCCACGUGGGGAGCCAGAGCCCGCCCCCGGGCGCGAUCGGGAACCACGGAGUCGCGGAGGAGGAGGGGGACGAGGAGAAGGGCGAGGACGCGGCCGAGCGCGUGCGGGAGGAGCUCGAGCGCCUGCGGCACAGCGUCGUGGCGGACUUCUCCCGGCAGCUCGGGGAUCUCCGCGAGGACGUCCGCGGCCGCAUCGAGGCCCUGGGCGCGUCCGUGGCGGACGCGGAGCGGCGACAGCAGUGGCAGCAGGCGGCGCUGCGGAAGCUCCUCGACGCGCCGCCUCCUCCGCCUCCGCCGCCUCCGCCGGAGUCGCCCCCGACGGCGGGGCCCGGCCACGCGGCGCCGACGGGGGAUUGGCACGGCGUGAGGGAGACGAUGGCCAUCCACGCGGCGCUCAUCAACGACACGAGCGAGCGCGUGUGGGAGCUCGCGCAGCUGCUGCGCCAGUGGCGGCAGGAGGAGGAGGAGGAGGAGGCGGCGGCGUGCGGGAUGCCGUGCACGGAGCUCGUGGCGUCGGCGCGGGACGCACAGCGGCUGGCCCACGGCGCUCGCGAUGCGGAGGAGAGGCUCGACGGCCUGCAGCGGCUGCUGCGCGCGAACCUGUCAUCCACCGAGGAGGGGCUGCGGCAAGCGACGGGCGCCGUGCGGGACCUGUACAGGGAGACCGGGGAGCUGCGCCUGGCCCUGAGCGAACUCCAGCAGCAGCAGCUGCAGCAGCUGCAGCAGCUGCAGCAGCAACAGCAGCAGCAGCAGUCGAACACGGACGCGCCGCGCGCUCGGGCCGACACGCCGGACCCGGACACGCGGCCUCCUCCCGGGCACUCGGACGAACGCCUCGACGCUUCCUCGUCCACCCUGGACGAGCUGGCGGGCGACGUCGCCGCCCUCAAGCUCUCCCACGACGACCUCCUCGCCCGUGUCCAGCAAGAGUCGCGGGCGCAGGCGCUGCACGUGCAGGAGCUGCACGACGCGCUGGCGGCGCGCAUGGAGGGCGGCGCGCGGAAGGCCGGCGCCCGCCUGGACGUGCUGGCGGCACGCGGGGAGGCGAUGGCGCACGACCACGGCAAGCUCGAGCGCCACGUGGAGCGCCUCUACAACUCCAGCGUGGAUACCCUGCUGCACGUGAGCAGCCUUGGCCAGCGCCUCGACGACCUCAACAGUUCGUUCAACACGCUGCUGGAGGACACGCUGCGCCACACGCUGGUGCUCGAGGCCAUGGGGGCUUUCGACGAGUCCGAUUACGACGACGACGACGACGACGACGACGACGGCGACGACGGCGACGAUGGAUACGGAGCUCCCAAACGAAGCAUCAACCUCCUGGAGCUCAACAAAGGGGUGCUGGCGGCCUCGGACUCGGCGCUCCGCAAUGGCAAGGCGCUGGACCAGAUGGUCACGCAGGUGCGCAACCUCAAGCAGCAGCUGGACGACAGGGUGGCCAACCUGGAGCGGCGCUUCCUGAGCGGCGGGGCAGGAGGCGUGGGAGGCUCCGGCGGGGACGGGGACGGCUCGGGAGACGCGGCCAGAGACGGAUCCCUCGGGGUGGAGGUCGCGAGGCUGCGCGACCUCGAGGUGGCCGCCAGGGAGUCGCGGCAACAGCGGCGCUUCCUCGAGGAGAAGCUACGGGACCUGGAAAGCAGCUGCUGCGGCGGCGGCGGCGGCGGCGGCGGCGGAGACUCGUCCUCUUCCAUCACCAUCGGAGACGUCCUGGAAGAGUUCAGGCAGGAGGUUGAGCACAACAUCACGUCGGUGCGCCUCACGCUGGAGGCCAUCCCGCUGGAUGAGGUGCGCCGCGAGCUGAUCGCCGAGGUGAGCGAGCGCGUGAACGCCGCCCUCCUCGACGCAAGGCGGGGGAAGGGCGCCGGCCGACGCCGCCAGCGCAAGAAGGGAAAGGGCCCCGGACGCGGGCCGGGAGCCGGCGGGAGCGGCGGGAGCGGCGGCGACGACGAGGAGGAGGCCGACGACGAUGACGACGAUGCCGGUGGUGGCGGUGGCGGUGGUGUCGGCGGCGAGGAUUUUGCUGGAGCAGGGGCGUACAGGGAGCUGGCGGGAGACGAGGACGCGGAGAGCCACCUGGAGAGGAGGAAGCGCAGGGACGCGUGAGCGAGCCCAGAGGGCGGGGCCGACUCAGGGACCCGCGUUGAAGGCAGCACGACCCAGAAGCAAAACACCAGCGGCUCUUCUCUUGUAGCUCCACGCCCGGCCCCGCCGGUGUGCCGGACCAUCCCACGCCAGCUUGAAGCUUUUUUUGUAUCAGUCAUCUCCUGCGUCGUGUCCACUGACUGUGGUGGACUCGUUUCGUUUAUACGACCCUUCUGAAAUGAUAAAUGCAAAUCCUAACACAUUUGCGGAAAGAGUUCCUUUGACAUAUAAAAUAAAAAAAAUCAUCUAAAAAAGAUUGGAUUUUAAUAAUGAAUGUGGAGCAAAAAAAAAAGUUAUUUUAAAGUUGCUUUCGGGAGCGUCGCGAAUUAUCGUUUUGUGUCAUCGCUGGAAUGUGACUGCCAUUCCCUUCCUUUUACAAAUCAUCUGGUGCUGCUUCUGUUGCGUUGCGCAUGGUGCACAAGCAUAAACAACAUUCAUCAAUAACACUGCGGCCUUAAAAUAAAAAAAAAAUAUUGAUAGGUUCCAUUCCGGGCAAUGGACCUUCUUCAUAGCACAUGGAAAAAAAUAAAAAUAAAC